AUGGAGAUCAACUACUCCUGGACAACUGAAUUCAUCCUCACGGGAUUUACAGAUGAUCAAGAACUGAAGACCCUGCUGUUUGUGAUCUUCUCUGCCAUCUAUAUGAUCACCAUGGUGGGGAAUCUUGGUUUGAUAGCCUUGAUUUACACGGAACGCCGUCUUCACAAACCAAUGUACAUCUUUCUGGGAAACCUGGCUCUGAUGGAUGCCCUCUGUUCCUGUGGCAUCACUCCAAAGAUGUUAAAGAAUUUCUUUUCUGAGGACAGAAGGAUUUCCCUCUCUGAAUGUAUGGCACAGUUUUAUUUUCUCUGUCUUGCUGAAACUACAGACGCUUUUCUUUUGGCAGCAAUGGCCUAUGACCGCUAUGUGGCCAUAUGCAGCCCACUGCAGUACCACACCAGGAUGUCCAAGAAACUCUGUGUUCUGAUGACCACAGGUUCCUACAUAGUGGGAUGCCUGCAUCCCUUGGUUGAAGUAUUAUUACUGUUUAGGUUAACUUUCUGUAGGUCAAAUCAACUUAAUCAUUUUUUCUGUGAUAUCCUUCCAUUGUAUAGAAUUUCCUGUGUGGACCCUUAUAUUAAUGAAUUAAUGGUAUUUAUCAUGGCAGGGUCAAUUCUAACCUUUACUAUUAUCAUAGUCCUAAUAUCAUAUUUUUAUAUCCUUUUUACCAUAUUCACAAUGAAAUCUAAAGAGGGAAGAGGAAAAGCCUUAUCUACCUGUGCAUCCCAUUUUCUCUCUGUGUCAAUAUUCUAUGGUUCUCUUCUCUACCUGUAUGCUCAACCAAGUUCAGUUAAUGAAGAGGAUAAAGAUAUACCUGUGGCAAUUUUUUAUACUAUAGUCAUUCCUUUAUUAAAUCCUUUUAUUUAUAGUCUAAGGAAUAAGGAAGUAAUAAAUGUUAUUAAAUGGAAAAUAAAGAAGAGAAAAGUCAUAACAAUUUGA